UAACUAGGGCAUUUAGUUUGAUAAACAAGUAGUUUCAUUUACUAAUCGCUUUCAAUACAAAGUGUUUUAUGUAUAGGUACAAUCAAAAUUAGCAGUACACGUGAAACAUUUAUGAAAAAAAUGCAAAAAGCAACAUGAAAAGUGAUCAAAAAAGUCUAAUAACUACCAGUACAAAUUAUGGCAGCACAAAUUUUACUGAUUCAUCAGUUUGUAGCGUUGAAACUAACAUCAGUAAAUCUCCAUUAAACAUGGUAACUCAAAAUAUGCAAUCACCACAAAGAGUUCAGUUUAAUAGUGAAGAUACAACUAAUUCAGUUAACUUUUGUGAUCGCCAACUGCCAGCAUUAGUAUCGAGUUUUUUAGCAGUUCUUCUCUCCAUUGGAAUUGUUUGGUACCUGUUUUAUAUUAAUUUAUCACCACACUUAACAAAUUUUCCGGGAGGAAGCAUUACUUCACUAUACUUGCUGUAUGUGUGUGGUGCUGCUGGAGGAUGGCUCAUAGAUAAAAUAGCUGGUAUGCCAUCAUUAUUAGGCAUGUUGAUUGCAGGAAUUAUUCUUCAGAACUGUGGGCUAUAUGUCGUUAGAACCGAAUGGUGUGUUCACCUAGUGGCUAUCAUGAGAGAAGCGGCACUUUCAGUUAUCCUUAUUAAAGGUGGUCUAGGACUAGAUCCUGAUCAAUUGAAACGGCUCAGUGUGGCGGUAAUUAAACUUUCAAUUCUACCAUGUGUAGCUGAAGCGUUUGCCGCAGCAAUAAUAGCAUAUUUUAUCAUUCCAAGUUAUUCGUGGGAAUGGGCUCUAUCUCUUGGAUUUGUGUUAUCAGCUGUUAGUCCUGCUGUGUUGGUGCCAAGACUUUUAUGGUUGAAGAAAAAUGGCUAUGGUGAAUCUAAUGGUGUCAAUACUUUAGUUAUAGCAGCUUCAAGUUUGGAUGAUAUUAUAUCUAUUAGCGCAUUUGGUGUGUUACUUGGAUUAGUUUUCUCUGAAGGUAAUUUAACAAGUAAGAUUAUUCAAGGUCCAGUGGACGUAGGUAUAGGCACAGCUUUGGGUAUAUUGUGGGGAUUUGUUUUGAUGUAUAUACCACCAUCUCCUUGGGCUAACAAUUAUAACAAAGAUCAAGCUAACGAUAACCAACAAGAAACUAAUAGACUUGAGAAAAUGACGACAAACAAGAGAGCUUUCAUUUUGGGAGCUGGUGGCUUUUUAGCAGUAACUGGCAGUCAAUUUUAUGGUUACCCGGGUGCUGGACCAUUGGCUAGCAUAAUAUCUGCAUUUGUAGCAAAUACAGGAUGGAAGCAAAAAUUGCAAAAACAUCUCAAAGCUUUGAGGAAUUCGGAAGAUAAUGAAGUUCUGGAAUAUGAAAAGAAAGAUCAAAUAGAAGAAAUUUUUGAUUCUUUAUGGUUUGCUCUACAACCAAUUUUAUUUGCGUCUAUUGGUACUGAAAUUAAAUUUGAUUUACUAUUAGGCAAUGAUACAGUUUUGAUUGGUUUAGUUGUGUUAGUUGGUGGCUUGAUCAUUCGUUUAAUUGUUACAUCAGCUUCAGUAUCGGGCACAGGAUUUAAUUGGAGAGAAGUUACAUUUAUUAAUAUAGCGUGGCUUCCGAAAGCAACCGUGCAAGCAGCACUGGCUCCUGUUGCUCUGGAUAUGGCAAGAUUGAAAGGAACUCACGAAGAUGUGGAAGCUGCUACUCAGCUUUUGACAAUUGCCGUAGUCUCGAUAUUGAUAACCGCACCAAUUGGAGCAUUGGGUAUUCAGUGGUUUGGGCCUAAAUUAUUAAGUAAACCAUCUUAAAUAAUUAUAAAAUUACUUUUAUUAAAAACUACAGUAUUAAUUUUUAAUGUAAUAUUUUAAAAUGUUUUGUACACUAAAUAAUAGGAAUGUGAUUUUUUUCCUUAUAUUAUAAUUUUAAUAUUUAAUUAUAUUGAAUUAAUUUUAAUUUAUUAGCAAAAUAAAUGAAUAGCAUUUAGAACGAGAUUCUAUAAUAUGUAA